UAUGUCAAUGCAAAUUCCAAAAGACAUAGUCAGGCUUCAAUUUGAUUAUUAAAGUUUAAUUAGUAGAUAUUAAGGAUUAGAAUAAUUAUGCAAAAAGUAAGCAAAUGAAUUAGUCCAAUUAAAAAAGCUAAAUGAAAAUAUCAAAAGUAAUGCUGAAAAUUAAGAAUGUGGAAAAUGUAAAAAAUUGUAGCUACAAAUUGAUCAAUAAAAAUUAGAUAUCAAAGAAUAAAAGUUAGAAAUUGAUUAAUUAUAAAAUUCUUUGAAUUUAAAGAAAAUAUCAUUUGAUGAAUUUCGAGAAUAAGUAUAAAAUGAAAUGGAGAAUAGGAUUAAGUAAUUUGAAAAUUUAAAUUAAGUAACACUUGAACGUUUAGAUAGAGUUUAAAAAGAUAAUUCACUUUUUGAAAUUUUAUUAAGAGAAAGAGAUUUAAGGAUUGAAUAAUUGAACUAAGUUAUAUAUAAUUAAGAAUAACAAAUAUAAUAAGAAAGUCAAGAGGAUAAUACUUGGAAAAAGAAAUUUAUUAAAAUAAAUAAAGAUUAUCAUAAACUUUUAUCAGAAUAUAAUUCUGUAAAAGCUGAUUUAGAUGCAAUGUACGUAAGUUAAUGUAAAUGA